AGCGGGACAGCAGACUCACGGACGGCAGCGUCUGACCAGACACCCCCCUGCCCUUCCUCGCCAUGAGAUUCCUCCUCCUCCUCCUCCUCGCCAGCCUCCUUGGCCUCUCCGGAGCCCAGAACCAAGCCCUGAUGGACUACCUGGAACGCAGGCUGCUGGCCAUCGAGGACCGCAUCUCCACGUGGCACGAGCAGAGCAACCGCUACGCCUCGGACCUGCGGGAGUUCAAGCAGCAGAUGGUGGCACUGCUGGAGAACCUGGACAAGGACAAGGACACGCUGCGGGCCGACCUGAGCGGGGUGAGCACCCGGGUGGAGCGCGUGGAGCGCGAGAUGGACUACCUGGAGACCCAGAACGGGGCGCAGCCCUGCGUGGACGUGGACGACAAGCUGGUGGAGCAGGACGUCACCGUCGUCAAGGAGAGGAACAAGGCCAAAUACGCCAAGCUCACAGACUGCAGGGACAUGAUCUCCAACAUCAAAGCCAUGAAGAUCCUGAAGAGGGUGGGUGGUCCCAAAGGCAUGUGGACCAAGGACGUGGGCAGCAGCUCCGCCAAGGUCUACAUUUUCAACGGGACCAGCGAGGACACCCUGUACGAGUUCAGCUCCAUUCGGGACUUCACCAGCUCGGCGGGGCUGUCCCGCGGCAGGUCGAUCGCACUCCCCUACCCCUGGGGCGGGACGGGGCACACCAUCUACAACGGGUACGCCUACUACAUCAAGAAGGGGAAGGAGUUCCAGGUGAUCAAGUACGACCUGCGGAACGGCUCGGUGGUGGACAGCGCUGUGUUCCCUGCCCAGGACCAGGUGCCCGUGUACAGCCUCACGCCCGAGACCUACAUCGACCUGGCGGCCGACGAGGAGGGGCUGUGGGCCAUCUAUGCCACCAGCGAGAACGAGCGCAACAUCUGCCUGGCCAAGAUGGACGCCGACACGCUGGACAUCGAGCAGACAUGGGACACUCCUUGCCCACGGGAGAACGCGGAGGCCGCAUUCGUCAUCUGUGGGACGGUGUACGUGGUGUACAACACCAAGCUGCCCAGCCGCUCCCGCGUGCAAUGUGUUUUCGACGUGAGCGACAUGGUGACCACCGACGAUGCCCCCCUUGUGUACUUCCCCAAGCGCUAUGGUGCCCACUCCAGCCUCAAGUACAACCCCCUGGAGCAGCUGAUCUAUGCCUGGGACGACGGCUACCAGAUUCUCUACAAGUUGGUUAUGAAGAAAAAGCUGGAGUUGUAAGGCCAACAGCGCCCCCUGUGUCCACUGGCAUAACAAGUCACGGUCCCUGAAAACAAUUACUGAGUUUCCACACAGGGUUUA